AUGAAGUAUGGCGGCCGUACGCGAGUUGGUCGAGGGUAUUCAAAGAGGUAUUUCGGACAUUAUGGUCCUCACUGGGGUUACCGCUUCAUUCAGAGCAGUUGGCUCAGCGGUGGAAAGUUCCUGUGGACAGCAGAUGCGACCUUCCGUUUGGGAGAUGGCGAGGCUAAGUACAAUUACUUCAAACUACUGGAUGGCGACACGAACGAGUUGGUGCAGGCAGACAGCCGGGACACCUACCAGCAGGACACCGAGGCGCAUGCUUGGAUCGGUGGGGAGCGAUAUGUUGCCAGCAUCACUCCGCUUGGGGAGUGGCUGCAUGACUACAAGAAGGGCGACACAAACAGCCGCAUGCAACUGCGGUACUGCAGCAUCAAACUCCAGUACGGAGAUGAGACCCUCCAAGGCUAUGCGUUGAACGAGCACGAGCUCACGACAGAGAGCGGGCACAACUGCCCGCUUGAAACGAUGCUGCGAAAGUGGUUGAAAGUGGAGGAUAUCGAGGGCGAUGUCGACGGUGUGGAUGACGCAGACCCUGAUAAUACCAUGUGCGAGUCUGGCGAUUUGGCGCUCUCCAGGAGAAUUAUCUUCUGGGCCGGCUUGAUCUAUGCGCUGAUCUGUGCUGCUCUGACCUCAUCACUGGAGGCACAAACUGCUCUGGUGUUGGAGCGCCAGCUCCACUUCUCUACACAGUCCAUCGGGCUUCUGCUUGGCAGCGCCUUCUGUGCCACGGCACCGAUCACAGUGAUGCUGAGCUGGCUGCCCACUGAGAGGUCCGCCUUUGUGGCGGUGCCCCCAAUGCUGGCCACGGUCUUCCUGUUCAAGGGCACCUGCGUGUUCUUGGGUCUUGGUGAAUUUCGACACUGGGCCAUGCUGGCAGCCGACGUGGUGCUGUUCUCCGUGGCCUUGUGUGCAAACGGGAUUGUAGAUGCCACGGCACUACAGCACGCAAGCGGGACUCGUCUCUACUGUCGGGAGAACUACGUCAUCGCCGCUGCCACUCUUCGCGCAGCGGGGAGCUUCCUGGGUCCGCCUGCUGUCCGAAUUCUUGCCUUGUCCGGAGAGGCCUGCGAAGUAGCACUGAGUCACGAAUCUCACGGCCUGUAUCCGGAGCCAGAGCAGUGCACGUGUUCUUGUGCACUCGUGUCAACUGAGAGCCCCCUUCAGGAUGCUGGUGCAGCUGCUUGA